CAUAAUAACAACUCCUAAUAGCUGGGUUGCUUUACACUAAUCACACAAAUCUACAAGUUUGAUCAUCUAAGACAGUAAUGUCUCUGUUACAGGAUUUCUGGCAGCUCCUUCGACCAUUAUCCUCUGGAUUGACAGAGUCGUUCACAACCAGUUGUGACUCGGGAGAGUCAGACCCGUGUCGGGAUGACGCGGCUGCUCUCACACUCAAGUUUGCAGCUAUGGCUUCGAUCCUUGUCGCCGGAGCCGCCGGGGUCUCAAUUCCCCUUGUAGGAGGAACCCUCCUCCCGUCGAACGGUGGCUUGAUGAGGGGAGCGAAAGCGUUCGCAGCAGGAGUGAUCCUCGCAACAGGGUUCGUUCACAUGCUCUCCGGCGGCUCUGAGGCUUUGUCCGACCCGUGUCUUCCGGAGUUCCCCUGGAAAAUGUUUCCUUUCCCAGAGUUCUUCGCCAUGGUCGCGGCGCUUCUCACUCUGCUCGCGGAUUUCAUGAUCACGGGAUAUUACGAGAGUAAGCAGGAGAAGAUGAUGAGCCGGUCCGUCGAGUCGCUUGGUCAACACGGUUCCAUUCUUUCGGAUCCUAGUCUUGAAUCGGGUUUACUGAGGGACGAAGAUGGAGGAGCGUUGCAUAUCGUUGGGAUGCGUGCUCACGCGGACCACCACCGUCACAGCCUCUCCAUGGGUGCCGAAGGUUUUGAGGCUCUCGCUAAGAGAAGCGCUGUUUCCGGUCAUGGACACGGCCACGGGGACGUUGGCUUGGACAGUGGUGUAAGGCACGUUGUUGUUUCUCAGAUACUAGAAAUGGGAAUAGUAUCACAUUCAAUAAUAAUAGGAAUAUCACUUGGAGUGUCACAUAGCCCAUGCACCAUACGUCCGCUACUUCUCGCUCUUUCCUUCCACCAAUUCUUCGAAGGUUUCGCUCUCGGUGGUUGCGUUGCAGAGGCAAGACUAACCCCUCGUGGAUCUGCCAUGAUGGCUUUCUUCUUCGCCAUCACUACUCCCAUCGGCGUGGCCGUGGGAACGGCCAUUGCCUCAUCCUACAAUUCCUACAGUGUUGCGGCAUUGGUGGCUGAAGGAGUGCUCGACUCUCUCUCUGCGGGGAUACUUGUGUACAUGGCGCUUGUGGAUUUGAUCGCUGCUGACUUCUUGAGCAAGAAGAUGAGUAUUGAUUUCAAACUUCAAGUUGUUUCUUAUUGCUUUUUGUUUCUUGGAGCUGGGAUGAUGUCUGCUCUUGCUAUUUGGGCUUGAUCAUCAGCUUUUAACUUUUUUUUUUUUUUUGGUUAUAUCAAGUUAUUUGAUUUUCUUUUCUGGUUUUGUGUGUAUGGAAUUUAAUCCAUUUGACUUGUGACUCAUUAUGAGGUGCUGUUUUUUUUUUUUUUGUGAUUUGUUUAUUGAAGUACGUAGUAAUCAGAAGACUCAACAUGUUUAUUACUCUAUUUUUUAUGUGUUAAUAAAAAAAA